AUGAAGAAAGACGAAAAAUGGAUAGUUAAUUCUCGUCGAGAUCAAUGGAUCCCGGGCCCAGGAGCGUAUCUUUGUGAGGGUGGCUUGCUGCACAGUUUACCUUUAUCAACUGAAGCGAUUUCUGUUGCUGAACCAUCUGUUGUUCAUUUGCCACAACCUUCAGCUUCAUAUUUUGGAGAAAUAAAUUUUGCUGCCGAAGUAUCUGAUGUUUGUUUGCAAGAACAAGCUUCAACUUCAUCUUGUGAUAAAAUGCCAUCUAUUUGUGAAGGAUCUCAUGUUUGUUUGCAAGAACAGCCUUUAGCCUCAUUUUGCAAUGAAAUACCAUCUAUUUGUGAAGGCUCUGAUGUAAGUUGAUAACUAAUGUAUAAUUAAAUUGCUUCCUUAUAUGCAUUUAAAAUGUUCUAUAAAGUAAUUUUUUGGUAAAAGGAAUGUAAUUAAUUUCAUCAAUAGUUGCAAAUUCUCUAUGUAAAUUUCAGUUUUGUUUGCAAAAACAACCUUUAGUCUCAUCUUGCAACCAAAUUGUAAUUAAUUUUAAUUAAUUUCAUCAGCAUUUGUGAAGGCUGUGAUAUAAGUUGAUAAUUUGUGUUAUUAAAUUGCUCAUGAUUAUGGAGUGUAAUACUUCUUUGGCGAAAUGAAGCAACUCCAAUGAUGGAACACAGCAAUAACUUUUAUUUAACACUAAAAAAAAAAAAAAAAAA